UUUGCCCUCAACCUAUUAGCAUCUCAAAAUAUCAAUCUAUAGCAGAGAACAAAAUAUUUAUAAAAUUCUAAGGUAAUAAACAAGUAGGAUAUUUAAAAAAAAAUAAGAAUUAUUUAAAAUUUUAUUUAAUACAGGGAUUUCUUUUUAUCUCAAUUGGACAGUUUACUAUACUUAGUAUAUAUAUACGAUCAAAGAUGGCUCGAAGCAAAGAUAAAAUUUAGAUUGAAGGAAUAUAUCAUUUCAUGACAAAUAGAAUUGUAGUUUUCGUUUUCUAGAUAAGAUCGAAACCUACGUUCAAUCAUGUCAUAUUUAAAUCAACCUGAUUAUGUGUGUUAUGUAUGUAAUUGUGGUUCUUUGAAGCCGAUCUCGAAGAUUUAUUUCUGUAGGCACUGCUCGAAGAUUCGUUGCGGAUAUUGUGUCUGUCAAGAGAUGUUCGAAUUGUUUCAAAUGUCCAUGUUGCUUUCAAACGUUAUCAACAAGAGCUGGUCAUGUACCUUUACGAGUAGUACCUGCUGAUGGUGAAGAUUCUAAAGAUGUUAAAACAACACCAAAGAAAGUUUAUUAUUUAUCUUGUUCAUUAUGUCGAUGGACUUCAAGGGAUGCUGGUAUUCCUGAUCAGUCUAUGGCUACUGGAGGCUGGCCUGAACAGGAAAACCCUCACACAAGCCGGAUCAAUACCUUGAUAGAUUAUCAUAAAAUAUUAGCUUCUAUAGAAAAGCAGCAGUCUGAGAGGAAAAAAUUUCGACCAAAACAUCCUUACAUGCAGAUUGCCAUGUUUAGGAUAACAUCUGCUAUGGUUCGUAAACAUAUAGGACAUCCUACAAAACCUACUACUGAAUCAACUGACCAACCACCUCCAGCUAUUGCUAGUACAGAGGUAGAAGAAUUGCCGAUGGAUAUUUUUACAGAGCCAGUAGAAAUAACUAAGAUUACUACAUUGGAACAGCGAUUGCAACAGCCAGAUGUACAAACAGAAAAUGUAAAUGAAUUGCGUCCCCAACAUAGACAGUUGUUAGUUAGAAGGUCGCAACGAUGUCGAGUUUGCGAACAUAAUCUUUGUAAACCAGAUUUUUGUUCACAGUCUGCAAAGUUUAAGAUCCAGCUUGCAGCAUUUUAUCACGUACCAGAAGUGAGGAUCGUUACAUGCGAACCACUUCGUCCAGGUAAAUCAAGUGAAUUGCUUUUGAAGUUUUGCAAUCCAACUCAACAUCAAACUCAGGUGGUAUUGUUACCAUUGGAUACACCAAUGACGCCUAUUUUAACAAUCGUAGAUGAAAAGGAAGAAGUUAAACAGGAUAACGCACAACAGGGAUCUGAAUCUCCAAAUUUAUUACCUUCUAUCGUACGACAAGUGCCUGUAGUAGAGGAAACAAAACCUAUCAAAAUCACUGCAAAUGCAGAUGUAGUUCUUCCUCAAAAUUGUCUUAUUUUACCGCGCAGAGACGACGCUGCUGAGUAUGACGAUACCGGCGAUACACAUAAUUUUCAGGAUGAUCCUAAGUUCGUGAUUUGGCGAAAAGGUAACAAAGCCGUAAUAAAAUUGCAUGUAACUCCACAUGAAAAUAUAGAAGAGAACAACAAUCAACCAAUUGUAAUCGGUUUUGUUAUGCAGUAUAGAUAUGUGAAUACAAUUACUACAUUGGAACACAAAGCACCUCAAAAACUAGAUCUCAAAGUUAAACUUUAUCUUACUAUUGGCAAUAUUGUUGGAAAGAAUUUGUGCCAUUUCUUCAAAUUCGUCGCCAAACUCUAUUGAACUUGACUUUGAAUGUUUACUAGCAACUUUUUGUUUGCGAAAUACAACCAUAUCCAUAGGAUUGGCAACCUCAUCACAGAAUCUUUGUGCUAAUCUGAAAUAUCUCAUAUUAACUAUGUUUACCGUAUUUAUUAAUUAAAACAAUACAAAUAAAAUUAAAUUUUACUUAUUUGCAUCAAAGAUUUCUUCCUCAGAACUAUAA